AUGGUCUUCUUUCACUGGGGAAAUGAAGCUGAAGAAGAAAUAACAAAAAUUUCAAUGACACUUGAUUUAUUAGAAAGAUUUUGUGUAAAAGUUCAUACUGCUAAAGAUGAACAAACUAGUGAACCUUUAAAUGAAACACAAUCAGAACCAAUAGCUGAUAAAGUUCAAACACCAUUUUUAAAACAUACUUUUGUAUCUCAAGAACUAUUAGAUAAUGUUCAAGAUAUUUAUACGAAUGCUGAAUUAUUAACUGUUUAUGAUCCAAUGACUAAAGUAGUAUUAGUUGAAAGUGAUGAUGAACAAGAAUUACUUUUCAGUAUACCAUUUAAUGGUGCUGUAAAAAUAACUGGUCUAUGCAUUAUUGGUGAAAAUGGUCCAUCACAUCAAACAACUCAAAUUUAUUAUGUUGGUCUUCGUGGUGAAUAUCUCGGUGUAAAAGGCAAAUCUAAAGUAGUCAUUACAACGUAUGAAGCGAGACCACAAUUAAAAGAUCACAAAGUGAAUGAUUUUUUAACAGGUAAUCGUGAAAUACAAUAA